GUUAAUUCUAGGCACUUAGUGGGUAUUUUCAAACCAUUUUGCUCAAAGCAUCCUUCUGAAGGAAUCCUUACCUCGAAUCACUUGUGGGGUCAAAUCCAUUGCUAGGAAAAAUAUAUGCUUCCUGUUUUUAAUAAAGACUUACGACCAUCGACGGCUAGUGAUUGGGCGUCAUACCUCUUGGUUAAAUCCUCAUCAUCAUGGAUCCGAAUUUCACCAGCAAGACCACCACUAUCUUUUGGUGUUCAGCCUGAACGCAUAUCAAAUACAGAUUUUGUCGUCGCCGACAUCCCAGAGCUCAACCACAUUGCUCAUGACUUAGGCCUCUUGUCGAUAACACCUUCAGUCCAAUAGUGCUCUUGCUUUCUUAGGCGAGACACUGCAGAGUAGACAUAAUUUCGGGCGCUUAGGCGGUGAAAAGUUAUUUUUCAUUGAUUAUGACAAUUGAUUGUGGAAAAUCUCUUAAUCAAUGACAUUGACUAUGAAAAUUAAUCACUAAUAUACUCAUUUGAAAAAUAAAUAUAGAGGAGAGCUCCAUUUUUCUCGAAACUAGGAAAAUCUUACAGUGACGAAACCUUAGGGUUUUAAUUUACGAUGGCGGCGAGAGGGCCGCCGGUCAUAUCGGGGGUGAGUCACAAACCUCCGAAUGGAUGGAGUGGAGCCCGAAAACCAUUGGAGGGAUCUUCUAACCUGGACGGAAAGAGCACAUGGGAGAUCGUUCAACCUAAGAAGAAGGCUCUUGCCCUUGAUUUUUAUGUUGACGUAGAUAAUGUUGAUAUUGGGGACGUGAUGGCGGGGGAGAUGGAAACUGACAAAGCUAGUUCGAUGACCGCCUCUGCAUGGCAAGGAGGACAGGGUCGUCGAUUUAACGAAAUCCUUCAACAAGACAAUUGGUAUGUAGUCGCGUCUGAUUCGAAAGAUGUAUCUCAAGCUGAAAAGGAAGAAGAUGAUGUGAUGGAUGAGGAAACAUAUGACCCUAAGUGCUCGGCCAUUAUGUUUUCGGCAGUGGAGAAGAUCCAUUGGCGAAGAGAGUGGUUAUCAGCUAUAGUGGUAAAGGGAUUGGGGAGAAGAGUAUCGUAUAUUCCGCUAGCUCGACGUUUGAAUUUGCUCUGGGCUAGGAAUGAGGAACUUCAAAUAUCGAAUACGAGGAAUGGCUAUUUUCUGGUCAGAUUCAGCACCCAGAAAGACUAUGAUCAUGCAACUGUGGGGGGUCGUGACUCCUAUGAGAGAUGUACCUCACGGUGCACCAGUGGUUCAAAGGCUUUAAUCCAUGGAAAACAAUUAUCACAUCGAUAAUGUUAUGGGACCAACUACCAGAGCUUCCGUGAGUUUAUCAAUAAGGAAGAAGUGAUGAGAAUUGCAAAGCGAAUGGGUAAACCAAUCCAAGUACAUCGAGCCAGAGAGCUUCGUGCUAGAGGGAAAUAUACAUCAGUGUGUGUUGAAGUGGAUCUCACCCAACAGAUCUUAUCCCAAUAGAAAAUAUAAGGAGUGACAUACCUAAUACAAUAUGAGGGUCUAG